CUCGUGAGUUGAUUUGUAUGUAGCAGUAUAUCUAUAUAGCAUUAGCAGAAAAUAUACGAACCGCGAGAUAUACCUAUAUCAUGUAUUUAUAUUGAUUCCGGGCGGUACUUUCGUUUGUUGAAAAAAGUACAUCCUAAUAUAGCGAAUACUAAUGUAACUAUUGGAUUCCGUUCUUAUAUAACUAUUGUUGAACAAAAGAUAAGAUUUUAUCGAAGGUAAGAAUUAAACACAAAAAUGCUUCGAUAUCCAAUAUUAACAAGAAGUAGCUGGCUAAAAAGUCUGGGUGUGAAGAGUCAAUCCAAAUUUAGUACUUGCAGUGUUUCAACAAAUAUUCAAAGUGUUCUGAAAGAGAAUAAAACAGAAAGGAAUCAUGGUGGCAACUUUAAAGAAGGUCAAAUCCUUCAUGGAUUCAUUGUUGACCAAAUUACUCCAGUCAAAGAAAUGUAUCUCACUGCUAUAAAAUUGACGCAUCUUGGAACCGGUGCACAAUAUCUACAUCUUUCUCGAGAUGACAGCAAUAAUGUGUUUUCUAUUGGAUUCAGAACAACUCCAAAAGAUUCUACAGGGUUACCACAUAUUCUUGAACAUAUAACUCUCUGUGGAAGUGAAAGAUUUCCAUGUAGAGAUCCUUUUUUCAAAAUGCUAAGAAGGUCUUUGGCAACAUUCAUGAAUGCUAUGACAGCACCAGAUUAUACAAUGUAUCCAUUUUCCACACAAAACUUUCAAGAUUUUCAAAAUUUACAAUCCGUUUAUCUGGAUAGUGUAUUCAAACCUAAACUUCGUGAGUUAGAUUUUCGCCAAGAAGGUUGGAGAAUAGAGCAUUCAGAUCCAAAUGAUAAAAAAUCUCCUAUUAUAUUCAAAGGUGUUGUGUACAACGAAAUGAAAGGGGUAUUCAACAAUAAUCAAAAUAUUUUUGUUACACGCUUAUUGAAUUCAAUUUUGCCUAGUCAUACGUACAGUGUAAUAUCAGGUGGUGAUCCCUUGGAGAUUCCUAAAUUGGAAUAUCAAGAUUUGGUCAACUUUCAUGCUACACAUUAUCACCCAUCCAAUGCCCGCUUUUACUCGUAUGGCAACUUUCCACUAGAAGACCAUUUGAAAUUUGUAAAUGAUAAAUAUUUGUUUUUAUCUGACAAAAUCGAUACAUCUUCUACCCAAGUGCCAUCUGAAAAGCGGUGGACUGAACCCAAAAGAGAACAUGUUCUAUGCAGACCUGAUCCGCUAAUUGCAGAUCCUAAUAGACAGAAUUCAAUAGCAAUCGCUAGUCUUUGUAAUGAUAUCAAUGAUGUGCAAGAGACUUUCAAUGUGUAUAUUUUAUCACAAUUAUUACUGGAUGGACCUAAUUCUGCUUUCUACAAGAGCUUGGUGGAUUCCAAUAUUGGUACAGGAUUUGGUCCCAUGACUGGGUAUGAAUCGCAAUGCAAGGAUACUAUUUUUAUAGUAAGUUUACAAGGGGUUCAAGAGCAAGAUUUCAAUAAAGUAGAAAAGAUUUAUAAGGAAACAGUGGCUCAAGUAGCACAAGAAGGGUUUAGUCAAGAUCAUAUUGAUACAGUUCUUCAUGGCAUUGAAUUACAAGUAAAACAUCAAACAUCAAACUAUGGAUUAAAUUUGCUUUUUAAUCUGUCUCCCUUAUGGAAUCAUGAUGGGGAUAUUAUUAAUUCAAUGAAAAUAAAUGAUGCUAUAGCAACAUUCAAAAAAACUAUUCAAAGAGAACCCAAGUACUUACAAUCUUUAGUUGAGAAAUAUUUAUUGCAAAAUGGUCAUCAACUUACACUGACAAUGUCUCCUAGCCAGGACUAUGAAGCACAGCAGAUUGCUGCUGAAAAUAAACUUUUGGAGUCAAAAAUCAAGAAUUUAACUCCCCCCGAACUAGAUCAAAUUUAUGAACAAGGACAAAUUUUACUAUCUGAACAGGAGAAAGAAGAAAAUAUUGAUAGCCUGCCUAGUUUAAAAAUUGAUGAUCUCAAAAAAGAUGUAGAUAGAUAUGAUAUGAUAGAUAUUGAAGUGUCCAAUGUGCCUUUGCAAGUGGCAGUACAACCAACGAAUGGAGUAUGUUAUUAUAGAGGUAUAAUAAAUACUCAGGAUCUUCCAGAUAAUUUGAAGAACUUGCUACCUGUAUUUAACAAUGUAGUUACCAAAAUGGGUACUGAAAAGUAUGAUUAUCGAAACUGGGAUAGAGUUGUACAAUUGCAUACUGGAGGAUUAAAUUUUUCAAAUCACAUUGCUGAAAUGAAAGAUGAUUCACAUAAAUACGAAGAAGGAAUAUUAAUAAAUUCUUAUUGUCUUGAUCACAAUGCAAACUCAAUGUGGGAAUUGUGGGAAGAGCUAUUCAAUGGAGUAAAAUUAACUGAUCUUGCAAGAUUUGAAACUUUGGUGAAAAUAAGUGCAGCUGAUUUAACUAAUGGAAUUACAAGUGCAGGCCAUUUGUAUGCUAUGAGUUCGGCUUCAAGCUUGGUGUCACCUGUAGCCAGAUUAAAAGAGAGCCUUUCAGGUUUAGAAUAUAUCAAUAGGAUGAAGUCAAUUGCUCAGAUGAAAGACAUGUCACUUAUACUCGAACAAAUACAACAAAUUUCUGAUCAAGUUUUGAAAAAAUCACAUUUGAGAUCAGCAAUUAAUUUAACAAAUGAAUCAAAAGAUGAUAUAAUAAAUGGCAUGGAAGCUUUUUAUGGGGCUAUAAAAGGCUCAACAACAACUAAACAUGUUCUUAUAUCAGAAGAUGAUCCCAUCAAAUCCAACAAUAAUGCUGUGCAUCAUGUUCUUCCUUAUGCAGUAAAUUAUGCAUCAAAAGUAAUUUUAACUGUCCCCUAUCUUGAUCCUGAACAUGCGCCCUUACAAGUGCUUUCCCAGUUAAUUUCAUCGAUCUACUUGCAUCCUGAAGUGAGAGAAAAAGGUGGUGCUUAUGGAGGAGGUGCAAGCUUGGGAUCAGAUGGUUCCUUUAGGUACUACUCUUACAGAGAUCCCAAUUCCACACGUACAUUAGAUAUAUUUGAUGGAACUUGGGACUUUCUAUCAAAAUACAACAUCUCUGACAGUGAAAUUGUGGAAGCUAAAUUGGGAUUGUUCCAAAAAAUUGAUUCCCCUGUAGCACCAGGAAGUCGUGGAAUGACUAAAUUUACAAAUGGUUUAUCUUACGAUGAUAUUCAGCACCAUAGAGAGCAAAUAAAAGCUGUGUCUAGAGAACAAUUGUUAUACGUGGCUAAGAAAUAUUUGAGUCCAGAUGCAAGCAAUGUUAAAGUUGGAAGAGCAUUGAUUGGUCCCCACAACCCAGAUUUGAAAUCAAGGCAUUCUGAAAAUUGGAUAACUUUAGAUCAAGAAGAACAAAGUCAAGCUCAAGCUGUCAAAUAAAUGAAAUAAUGAAAUAAAUGUUAUUAUGUUGAUGAGUUGAUUAAUAAUUUUGUAAUUUAUAGAAUGUACAGAAAAAUAUUUGUUAAAUAAAAUUCUUUUUUUAAUAAA